UGCGAAGUGCGCACGCGCGGGAGUUUCUGGCAGAAAGCAGGCGAGCCCGGGCCGGCGCGGGGCCUUGUGGGAGGGCUUAAGGAAGUAAAAUGGCGGACCUGGCGAACGAAGAAAAACCUGCCAUUGCUCCGCCCGUCUUUGUGUUUCAGAAGGAUAAAGGACAAAAGUCCUCUGCAGAGCAAAAAGACUUGUCGGAUUCGGGAGAGGAGCCUCGGGGGGAGGCUGAGGCCCCCCACCAUGGCACGGGUCACCCCGAGUCAGCUGGUGAGCAUGCCCUAGAGCCUCCUGCCCCUGCUAGCGCUUCAGCCAGCACUCCUGAAGCCCAGCUUCUUCCUUUCCCGCGAGAACUGGCAGGGAGGCCAACUGGAGGCUCCAGCCCUGAAGGCGGAGAAGAUUCCGACCGAGAAGAUGGAAAUUACUGCCCUCCUGUCAAGCGAGAAAGAACAUCCUCUUUAACCCAGUUCCCACCUUCACAGUCAGUAUCAAAAAACAAUGUUUUUAUGCCAUCAACCUUCUGCGAGCCAUCUGCAGGCAAUUCUGACUCAGAACCAGAGGAAAAGAGCAGUGGAUUCCGGUUGAAGCCACCAACAUUGAUCCACGGCCAGGCUCCUAGUGCAGGUCUGCCAAGCCAGAAGCCCAAGGAACAACAGCGGAGUGUGCUUCGCCCGGCGGUGUUACAAGCCCCACAGCCAAAGGCACUCUCACAGACCGUCCCAAGCAGCGGCACCAACGGAGUCAGUAUCCCAGCAGACUGCACGGGGGCCGUGACAGCAACAUCACCUGACAACCCUGCACGGAGAAGUCCCUCUGACGAGGUGCGAGCACUUGAGGAGAAAGAGCCCCAGAAAAAUGAAUCUAGCGAUACUUGUGAGGAGGAGAACUGUGAGAAAAGAGAGCAAGUUGCGCAGCAGGCGUUUGUGUUCGGGCAGAACCUGAGGGACCGAGUCAAGUUAACAAAUGAGAACACUGAAGUAGCUGACAUGGAGAAUGCCGGACACCCCAGUUCAGAAACGCCAACUGCGACCAACUAUUUCCUUCAGUAUAUCAGCUCCAGUUUAGACAACUCGACCAAUAGUGCCGACACCGCCAGCAACAAAUUCGUGUUUGGCCAGAACAUGAGCGAGCGCGUGCUGAGCCCGCCCAAAUUAAAUGAAGUCAGUUCAGAUGCCACCAGGGAAAAUGCAGCUGCUGAGUCCGGGUCUGAGUCUUCGUCCCAGGAGGCCACCCCUGAGAAAGCUAAUAACAUUUCAGAGUCCCUGGCCGAGUCGGCAGCUGCCUACACCAAGGCAACAGCACGGAAGUGUUUGUUGGAAAAAGUGGAAGUCAUCACCGGGGAGGAGGCGGAGAGCAACGUGUUACAGAUCCAGUGUAAGCUGUUUGUCUUUGACAAGGCCUCGCAGUCAUGGGUGGAGAGAGGCCGGGGGCUGCUCAGGCUCAACGACAUGGCAUCGACUGAUGACGGGACACUCCAGUCCCGACUAGUGAUGCGGACCCAGGGCAGCUUGCGACUGAUCCUCAACACCAAGCUCUGGGCACAGAUGCAGAUCGACAAGGCCAGUGAGAAGAGCAUACGCAUCACAGCCAUGGACACUGAGGACCAGGGCGUGAAGGUUUUCUUGAUCUCAGCAAGUUCCAAGGACACGGGCCAGCUGUAUGCAGCUCUGCACCAUCGCAUCCUGGCCCUGCGCAGCCGCGUGGAGCAGGAGCAGGAAGCCAAGAUGCCUGCCCCUGAACCUGGGGCAGCCCCGUCCAAUGAGGACGACAGUGACGAGGACGUCCUGGCUCCGUCGGGGGCCACCGGAGGUGGUGCCAGCGAGGAAGGGGAUGGGCAGACGGCUGGAAGCACAUAGCGCCGGGAGCCGGCUGCCCGCGAGCCUGCUGCUUUUCCGUCUGUCUGCCUGCCCGCCCGCCCCGCCCCACCGGCAGUGUGGAGGCGCAGGGCUCGGGAACCACACUCCCCGCUGGGUUGGCCACAGUUCGGAUCCGCAUGUCCCGUUCAGAAGCAGACUCGGGAACUGCCUGAAUGUGGUUUGGGACACGAGACCUCAUCAUAUUGAUGAGCAAAACGAAAAAGAACAUUUCUUCCCUCCCCUCCUUUGAAUUGAAAUGGCACAUUAAGACUUGUCACGGCUUCUCACUGGGA